CUCACACACACCCAAUUUGCAUUUCUUCUUUCGUCAUCAUCAUCUACUCUUUUCCUCUCUUUCUGCAUUUUACCCAGCUGCGAGAAAAUUCCAAACAAGGAAGCAAAAAAAAAACAGAGUAGCUUUUCAGAUUCAUCAGCUCCAACUUGAAUUUAAAGUAACCAUAACUGCUUGAUCAUAGGAUGGAAGAAGCAACUCAAGUAACGAGUUCCGAAGUCCCUGUAGUGAAAGGUGAUACUGAUGACCUUAAGACAGUUGAUGUUUCCGUCAAGGCCGUGAAUGGAGAAGUGCCAAAGGAGGAGAAAGAAGAGGAAGAUGGGGAAUUUAUAAAAGUUGAGAAGGAAGCUUUUGAUGCCAAGGAUGAUGCGGAGAAAGCAGACCAUGUUCCUGUUGAAGAGCAAAAGGAAGUUAUUGAAAGAAGUUCGAGUGGUUCACAAAGAGAACUACAUGAAUCACAAGAAAAGGCAAAAGAACUAGAGCUCGAGUUGGAAAGAGUAGCAGGGGAACUAAAACGGUAUGAAUCUGAGAAUACCCACUUGAAGGAUGAGCUUUUGUCUGCGAAAGAGAAAUUAGAAGAAACGGAAAAGAAGCAUGGAGAGCUUGAAGUUGCCCAAAAGAAGCAGCAAGAGAAAAUUGUUGAAGGCGAAGAGAGACACAGCUCACAGUUAAAGUCCUUGGAAGAUGCUCUGCAGUCCCAUGAUGCGGAAGAUAAGGAACUAACUGAAGUUAAGGAAGCUUUUGAUGCGUUGGGCAUAGAACUCGAGAGCUCACGAAAGAAGUUGAUAGAGUUGGAGGAGGGGAUAAAGCGUUCAGCUGAAGAGGCUCAGAAAUUUGAAGAGCUGCAUAAGCAAAGCGCUUCUCAUGCUGACUCUGAGACGCAGAAGGCUUUGGAAUUUGCGGAGCUGCUUGAAUCGACAAAAGAUAGUGCCAAGAAAAUGGAGGAAAAAAUGGCGUCCCUGCAACAAGAAAUCAAGGAGCUGAAUGAGAAGAUUUCUGAAAACGAAAAGGUUGAAGCGGCCUUAAAGAGUAGUGUGGGGGAAUUAGCUGCAGUGCAAGAGGAAUUGGCACUUUCAAAAUCUCGUUUGUUGGAGACGGAACAAAAAGUGUCUUCCACAGAAGCCCUCAUUGAUGAACUGACUCAGGAACUUGAGCAGAAGAAAGCUUCCGAAUCUCGGUUCAAGGAAGAGUUAUCCGUUCUCCAAGAUUUGGAUGCUCAGACCAAAGAUCUUCAGGCUAAACUUUCUGAACAGGAAGGUAUUAGUGCAAAGCUUGCAGAAGAACUCAAGGAGAAGGAACUGCUGGAAUCCUUAUCGAAAGACCAAGAAGAGAAGCUGAGAACUGCAAAUGAGAAGUUGGCUGAAGUUUUGAAAGAAAAAGAAGAGCUUGAAGCAAAUGUAGCAGAGAUUACAAGUAGUGCAGCAAAAGUAAAAGAGGUCUGCAAUGAACUAGAAGAGAAACUGAAGCGCUCGGAUGAGAAUUUUUCCAAAACAGAUGCUCUUCUGUCUCAAGCUUUGUCAAACAACUCCGAACUUGAACAGAAACUGAAAUCGCUGGAGGAGCUUCAUACUGAAGCUGGAUCUGUAGCAGCAGCUACUACCCAGAAAAAUCUUGAGCUAGAGGAUGUUGUUCGGUCCUCUAGUCAAGCAGCAGAAGAAGCCAAAUCACAGAUAAAAGAGCUGGAAGCAAAGUUCACUGCAGCUGAACAAAAGAACGCGGAGCUUGAGCAGCAACUGAGUUUAUUGCAGCUGAAAAGCAGUGAUGCAGAACGGGAGUUGAAGGAACUCUCCGAGAAAACAUCUGAACUAAAAACUGCUAUUGAAGUUGCCGAAGAAGAGAAAAAACAGGCGACCACUCAGAUGCAGGAAUACAAACAAAAAGCAUCAGAAUUUGAAUUGUCUCUGACCCAAUCAUCGGCCAGAAAUUCAGAGCUUGAAGAAGAUUUGAGAAUUGCUUUGCAGAAGGGUGCAGAGCAUGAAGACCGUGCUAAUAAGACUCACCAGCGCAGUAUUGAACUAGAAGGUCUUUGUCAAACAUCACAGUCAAAACAUGAAGACGCAGAAGGAAGAUUAAAAGACUUAGAGCUUCUACUCCAGACAGAAAAAUACAGAAUUCAGGAACUUGAGGAGCAGGUUAGCUCGCUAGAAAAGAAGCAUGGGGAAACUGAAGCAGAUUCCAAAGGUUACUUGGGUCAGGUGGCUGAGCUUCAGUCCACACUAGAGGCAUUUCAAGUGAAAAGUUCGAGCCUCGAAGCUGCUUUAAACAUUGCAACUGAGAAUGAGAAAGAGCUGACAGAAAAUCUGAACGCUGUGAUGGGUGAAAAAAAGAAAUUAGAAGAAACAGUGGAUGAGUACAGCGUGAAGAUCAGUGAGUCUGAGAAUCUGUUAGAAAGUAUCAGGAAUGAAUUGAAUGUCACACAAGGAAAGUUGGUGAGUAUUGAAAAUGAUCUGAAAGCUGCUGGCUUACGGGAAAGUGAAGUAAUGGAGAAACUGAAGUCUGCCGAAGAGAGUCUUGAGCAGAAAGGAAGAGAAAUAGAUGAAGCUACUACGAAACACAUGGAGCUUGAAACUUUGCAUCAGUCUUUAAGUAUAGACUCAGAGCAUAGACUUCAAAAGGCAAUGGAGGAGUUCACUAGCAGAGAUUCAGAGGCCAGUUCUUUGACUGAGAAAUUAAAGGACUUGGAAAGCAGAAUAAAAUCAUAUGAAGAGCAGUUGGCUGAAGCAUCUGGCAAAUCUUCUUCUUUACAAGAAGAACUUGAACAGACUUCGGGAAGACUCGCAGCUGCAGAAUCCGUCAAUGAGAAACUCAAACAAGAGUUUGAUCAGGCACAAGAAAAAUCCUUGCAGUCAUUAUCAGAGAAUGAACUACUAGCAGAGACAAACAACCAGCUCAAGAUCAAAAUUCAAGAGCUUGAGGCGUUAAUAGGUUCUGGUUCUGUCGAGAAGGAAACUGCACUGAAAAAUUUGGAAGAGGCAAUUGAAAGGUUUAAUCAGAAAGAAAUAGAAUCUAAUGACUUGGUUGAAAAGUUAAAAACACAUGAAAACCAAAUCGAGGAGUACAAAAAGCUGGCUCAUGAAGCAUCAGGAGUUGCGGAAACUAGAAAAGUUGAGCUUGAAGACGCUCUAUCAAAAUUGAAGAAUCUUGAAUCUACUAUUGAAGAGCUCGGGGCCAAAUGCCAGGGGCUUGAGAAAGAAAGUGGGGAUCUUGCCGAGGUGAAUUUGAAGUUGAAUCAGGAACUAGCCAAUCAUGGAUCAGAGGCCAACGAUUUGCAGACAAAGCUCUCUGCCUUGGAGGCCGAGAAGGAGCAAACAGCCAAUGAGCUUCAGGUUUCAAAGACAACCAUAGAAGAUCUAACAAAGCAGCUUAUCGCUGAAGGGGAAAAAUUACAGUCACAGAUUUCUUCCCACGCUGAGGAGAACAACCAAGUCAAUGCGAUGUUUCAGAGUACCAAGGAUGAGCUCCAAUCAGUUAUUGCCAAGCUUGAAGAACAACUAACCGUAGAGAGCUCUAAAGCUGAUACUCUGGUGUCCGAGAUUGAGAAGCUCAGGACAGUGGCUGCUGAAAAGUCCGUUCUGGAAUCACAUUUUGAAGAACUUGAAAAAACUUUGUCAGAGGUCAAAGCUCGGUUGAAAGAAAAUGUGGAAAAUGCAGCUACUGCGUCUGUAAAAGUGGCGGAACUGACGUCAAAACUGCAGGAACACGAACAUAUUGCUGGUGAACGAGAUGUGCUCAAUGAGCAAGUGCUUCAGCUUCAGAAAGAGCUUCACGCGGCUAAGAGUUCCAUUGAUGAACAGAAACAAUCACAAUCCCAGAAGCAUUCAGAGCUGGAGUCUGCAUUAAAGCAAUCACAAGAAGAGAUUGAAGCUAAGAAAAAGGCGGUCACUGAAUUUGAAUCAAUGGUCAAAGAUCUAGAACAGAAAGUGCAGCUUGCAAAUGCUAAAGCUAAGGAAACGGAGGCAUCGGAUGUAGGUGUUAAAUCUCGAGACAUUGACUUAUCCUUUUCUUCUCCAACGAAACGUAAGAGCAAGAAGAAGUCAGAAGCAUCUCCUUCUUCUUCUUCGUCUUCAGGAAAUGUUACUACUGCCACUACUCAAACAGCCUCAACGUCACAUCUCAUGACAGUGCAGAUCGUCACUGGAGUGGCUCUGGUUUCUAUUAUCAUCGGUAUAAUUCUUGGGAAAAAUACUGAGAUCAAGAUGGCGACGCUAAACAUGGCAGAAACCCUAAUCGCUAACUCCCAAGAAGUUGAUUACUCCUACGAUCCCGAAGAAGAUGACAUUGAUCUCUCCCUCCUUCGUCUCAACAGCUUCGGAAACUCCUCUGAUCGCCGCCGUGCGAACUCGUCUCCUCCGCAAUUCAAAUCGUACGGAUCUUUCGGCUCCUCUUCAACCACCGCAACAACAAGCCCUGUGAAACGUCCAUCGCCGGAAUCAAAGGAAGGUGACGAGCCGAGACGCAAGAAACUGUUUAUUCCACGGCCUGAGGAAGAAGAAGACCCGAAUCUCAUGGGAUAUUCUAAGAUUCCACUUCCUGUGGUUGAUUUCAAUCCGACGCAAAUCCGUUCUCCUGUUUACAAGCGAUCUUUAUCCGAUACAUUUGCUUCGACCGUUGGAUCUACAUUCGGGUCGGGUUAUACACGAAACAGCGUCGCUCAAGAAACAUCACCGCCUUCGGGUAAUGUCCCUUCUCUCCCGCCACGUCCACCGAUGUUCCGGAGGUCCGUCUCCGAUCUUUCGCCGGCACCGUCCUCCAAGUCUCUUCUUGGAUCUUCUCGCUCCAAUGCAAUUGCUGAAGGUGAUCUUGUGACUCCAGAAAGCUCUGAUGCCAAUAAGAUGCUGUAUAUUAUCAAGGAUGGAGUUCGUGAAUUGGAUCAAUGGUGUAACAAGCUUCUUAAGUACGGUGAAGCAGUCUCCUCUGGCUCUGUGAAACAAGACGACAGUCCUAAGGCAGAAGAUGAGGUAGUACAAGAGGAGCAACCGAAAGAGUGCAAAGAAGGCGUGAAGGUAAACAGACUCGGUGAGGCCUUUGUGGUUGAGAUCAACUGUCCAUGUGGAAGAAACUACCAAACUCUCUUCUCAGGCCGUGACUGCUACUACAAGCUCUUGUAGAAUGGUGACUGCUACUUUUUGCAGUUGUUAGACAUUCACAUUCUUUGAUCAUCAUCACCAUUAGUUGAAGGAUCUAUCAUGCUGCAUAUUCAUCACAAAGGUUUUCUGUAGAUAAGACAUACAGACACUGUUUCAUACUUGUAUAGAUACUAGCUAUACAGUUCAUUGUCAUAUACUCUUGUGGAUUCGCUUAAUUGAAAUACUCUUAAACAUGUUUCAUUCGUUAAAAUGGAAGUUUGAUUUCUUGAGUGUUUGUUAUCAUUUUUAAGACUUCAAUGUUUUAUGCUAAACAAUGUUGUAAACACAAGACUGGACCGCUUGAACCAUGACCCGGUCCGGGUUUUAUCUAGAUCAGUAUGUUUGUAACCCAAAAUCAAAAUUGAGAAGCCUA